CGCACUACACUGAAGGCUAUGCAGCUUCUUGUUGUUCCCCCAAGCCUUUUCCCCCCCACUGUAUCUUGAACUAGAGCUUUAAUUAGAAGUAGAGCUUUAUUAACAAUGUCAGCAGUCGUGCACGUUUUGCUGCCCUUCUUUCUCUGCAUUGCUUUGGCGAACACUGACAUUUUCAACAAUGUGCUGGUGGACAUGUCCUACGAUCACUACGCUGAGAAGAGAGUGGAUCAGCUUCCUGCCUUUCUGGCCAUGCCGUUUAACUGCCUCGUAAACGUGGGUUACAUUAUAGUUGGUGUUUACUGGCUGAGCAGGAGGAUGGAUGAUCCCCGAGCCGCUUACGCGAAGGACGUGUUCGCGCUUAUGGCCCUCGCGUACGGACCGGUUCAGUGGACGCGCCUGGCCACGCUGCGCCGCGCUCCCUCCGUCCUGGACCAGUGGUUCACGCUGCCCAUAUUCGCGUGGGUGCCGGUGUGGUGUCGGGUCAUUACGCACGGCUGGUCCGCUCGCUACGCGCUGGCUGUGGAGGUGUGCUCUGUGGCGAGCUACGCGCUGGCGCUGCUGCAUGAGCACGGCUUUGACUUGGCUCUCGCUGCUCACAUCGCGGUGGCGGUGCUGCAGGCCGCCGCGGCUCAGCGCACCUCCGGAGACGCGGUGUCUCUGCGCUACUUCACACACGCAGCGCUCUCCUGCGCCGGAUUUGUGCUUUUAAAACUCCUGGACCACGAGCUGGCCAAAUUCUGGCUCUUUCAAACUCUCACUGGACAUUUCUGGUCCAAAGUGUGCGACAUUCUGCAGUUCCACUACGCUUUCUGCUUUCUUACGCACCUUACGCAAAUUGCGCACAAACGGACGUCAUAAAUCAGUGACGCUGAAACCAGACCAGGACAAGCUGCCAAGUCAAGCGGCUUUAUUGUCAUUUCAACCAUAUACAGCCAGAUAGUACACAGUGAAACCAAACAACGUUCCUCCAGGACCAUGGUGCUACAUAACACAACACAGAAGUACAAGAGAAUACACAUUUUUUACACAAAGUGCACAUGCAACAUGUGUAAACAGCACAAGACAGUACAAUGACUACCAAAACAGGACAACAGGCACAGUAAGAGACAGUGCAGCACCAACCAGUACACACUUCUAGUAAGAAAGUGAAUCAAAUAUGACAGUAGUGCAAAAGGGUAGCAAAUAUAAGUUGCUGUAAAUGUAAACAUAACAUACUAUGACAUAGUAUUCAGCAGAUAAGCUUAUACUAUAUAUAUAGACAUAGCAGUUAUUGGGGUAGCAGCCAGGUAGAGAGUAUAAAUAGUGACAAAAAAAUUACAUACAAUAUUUUAUAAAUAAAUAUACCAGUGCCUUAAUAUCAAUAUGCCAGUGUCUUAAUGGACAUUACAGUAACAGUAAUAAUGUACACUGCUUUUGUAAUCCUUUUUAUUCUAUGCAGAUGUUAUCAUUUUUAAAGCAAAUUUGUUUCAAUGUAUUGACAAUUAACUAUUAAUUACUUACAUUAUUAUAUAGCAUUAAUAUCAUUCAUUAUAUCUAUUAAGAGCAGCUCAAACUGCUUUAAAGAAAUUCUAGAAAUUAAAUAAACUCAAUGUCAUUUUAUGUUCAUUUUCAAGUGAUAAUAUAGAAAUAAAGGAAGACACUCAGAAUUUGAAUAAGUUACAUUAGUAAUAAAUUGUAAUUUUUUAAUCAAUAUAAAAAAACUAAUGUAAAAAUGUUUUCUUCUGCCAUUUAAAGUUGUAGCGAAGGACUGACAGAUAUAAUGAUUAAUGCACAUGAGCAGAGUGCUGCUUCUCCAAUUUUCUAUGGGUUAACUCAAUAAAA